AUGUCCAAGAUCUCAUCAACACAAUCCGACAAUCACUCGACCUUGCUGUUCCUGCCUCCCCACUUCGAGUCUAUGCCACCAAUCCAGCCGUUGACAACAACGCUCAUCAUCUUGCUCCUAGUACCAAUGUCCCUCAAGGAGGAUAUCCUCAGCUCUUUGUGCAAGCCCAAGCCCAAGCUCCCGGUGCUGCAGGAGGAGGUGGUGGCCAAGCGCAUCUUCAGAAGCUUAGAGUCUGAUAUUGAAAGUAAGUAUCCAAACUCUAAGAUUCCUCAGAGUAUACUGACCCCAUUCUCAGCGAUAAACGGACUCAGUAUGCAGAACAAGUUCGCUUGCUCCAGGACAGAGACAAUCGACAAGAUGUCAAAGACGUUGUUCGAGAAACAUCUGAUAUUUGUUAGAUCACCACCUUCCUCAGGGAAGACCUCUCUACUGGUGCUCUUUGCCCAUCGAUAUCGCGCUGACUGUGAUGUUGUGUCAAUCUCCUUUCUUGGCAUCAAGCACGACAACUUUGAAUCGAAAUGGGUCCAGGACACUGGAAAGACGUUUGCUGAUUGGAUUUCAAGCACCUCCAAACCAACAUUGCUUCUAAUCGACGAAGCUCAGAUCGCAUUCAAUAUCCAAUCGCAGCCCACUGAAUUCUGGGCCCUCUUGAAGGACCUAUGUACAUUUGGACCCAAUCAAGAUGCCAAACCACCAUUGUACGUGGUGGUGAUGGCGGCCUAUGGAGAGCAUUUCGAUGUGAAGACCGAGUGUUCAACACCCAUUGGCUUUGAGGGAAUGAAGUUUGGCAUGGAGGAUAUGAAGCUGAAGGAAGGCGAACUCCAAGAGAUGACAGAUAAGAGAAACAAGUUCACAUCAAGUGGAUUUAGGCUCACAAAGAACACUUGUGAUCGCAUUUGGAGCUCCACUGGUGGUCAUGUUGGAUUGGUGACUCAGUUCAUUUGGACACUAUACGAUCAAUUCAAGGACCUGGCUGAUGACAACGAUGUGUUAUCAUUCAUUCUUGGCGGUCGCUUCAUGGGUGCAAUGGCAGCCAACCGGGCAGCAUCAUUCCAGAAUCUUUCACAAGGCCAACUUCUUUUUCUGGAUCAGUUCGAUGCCCACGAGCGUAUCUUCAAACAACACGCCCCAGUCAACAUCGUCACUCCUCUGAUCAAGCAUGGCAUUUUAGUUGUCUUGAACGACACACACUUGUCCUUCUCAUCUCCCAUCUUCAGAGCACUGUACUUCCAGUUUCGAGUCUCGCCAACAACAAGAGGACAUACUGACUUAUCAUUCGAUGACUUCAUUGUCGAAACGAUCAGCCACUUUGACAGAGAUACAUUGCUGAAUACCAAAGGAAAAGGAACUGAUGGCAAGCCCCUCGAAUCAACGUGGCAGGGCGAGUUCUAUAGAUGCGCUGUGGCUGUUCUUCCUCCAGACGUCUACAUCAGCCAAAAUGUAGGACAACUCUUUGGAAUAGAUUGCUACCUGGACUUCUACGUGGAUGAUGGUCACAAAUGGGGAAUAGAAUUACUUUGCGAAGGCAAGGGAAUUCAAGAACACGCAGGCAGAUUCAAAACUGGUGGCAAGUACAAGGAGUUCACCAACAAACGUGCCACCAUUGAUUUCAGGAUCUCUGAUGUCCGACCAACUCAGAAGACAAAGAGCACAUCUUCUCUCUGGCUGGUCACCUAUGACGAAGACAUGACUCAGCUCCGUAUCUCCAACAGUACAGGACUCUCGAAGACCAUCACAACGAAAUCGAGAGGUGCAUCGUCCAUUCGCUUCAAUGAAGCCAAGUAA